AUGCCUGUAACACCAGAAAGACCAUCAUCGGUCCGUAAACGCCAUCGGCCCUCCCAUUCAUGCACCGAGUGCCGCCGCCGCAAGGUCCGAUGCGACCGAGUCAAACCACACUGCGGCCAAUGCAGAGCUCUGGGCCUGACUACAUCAUGCGCAUACGAGGAGCAUACUCGCACGCAGAAUGCUCAUCGCGCGGAAUCGAUCGCCUCUAGCGUCGAGCAACAGGUUCCCAGACCCCGGGAUACGCCGGAGGAAGCACAUCCUACUAGUACUCCUACGCCCCGCCGCAUUCAAGGCACCAUAUCCAAGACUAGAGUGUAUGGACACGGACAUUGGAUGAAUUCGUUCUUACUGGUAACCUUCUUCCCCAGACCAAACAGUAACUCGAGAGACGACUUAACAAACACCGUCUUUGAAUGCAAACGCCUGGCGCAGAGUAUCAAGCAGCAGCGUCCCAGCCGGAAAUGUCUCCCGGCAGAUAUCCAUCGGUUCUUCCCGGACCGCGCUAUCAUGGAUGAACUGGUCAGGUUGUACUUUGCUACGUUUGAAUCCUGCUAUGGGAUUCUGUGGUAUUCGUCGUUUUUGCGAGAUUAUGACGCGGGUUUGGAACGACCAGAAAACGCAGAAAGUCCGUUGCUUUUACAGAUCUUACUGGUCAUGACCGUUGCUGGUCCCUUGCAUAGCGAUGCGAGCGUCCGCGCCGAAAUGGUAGCAAAUGCCCGGAUAUGGAUUCAUAUUGCCCAGAAUUGGCUAUCAGCGCCGAUGGAAAAGGAUCGAUUGACUCUAAAGGCAAUUCAGGUUUAUUGUCUGGUACUGCUUUCGAGAGAGGUUAAUCACGUUGGAGCGGAUUUGGUUUGGAUAUCGGUGGGAACGUUGGUGAGAAUUGCUAUGCAGAUGGGACUGCAUCAAGACCCAGACCUUCUCGGCCAGAUGGAUAUCGAGGAGAAGGAGCUGCGGAGAAGACUCUGGUAUACUAUCCUUGAGAUGAAUGCCCACUCGGCGAUUGACUCUGGCAUGUCGCCCAUGAUCACGGAUGAUGAUUAUAACACGCGGCCGCCCUCGACCAGGGAUCAAACUACAGAAGUAGAUGGCCAAGAUGCUUCGGCCCUGACUAAAUGUUCUUUUCAGCCCCUACUUGCAAAGUCUAUUCCCUUGCGCCUUCGUAUCACAAGAAUCAUCAACAGCAUGCAAGAAGAACCGUCAUAUGAUAAGGUCCUAGAGCUAGGAAAUGAACUGGCCGCGGCGAGUUCCGAAGCUGCAAAGGCAAUAAGCGAGAGCCCGUCAACAAAUACUUUUGGAUCGAGCUUCUGCAGCCAUAUUCUUCGUCGGUUCUCGUUAUGUCUUCACUAUCGCCCCGCGGUCAAGGCCAAGACAAACCCGCUGUACAGCCACUCCAGAAACGUUUGUUUGGAAGCUGCCUUGGACGUAGUGGCACUUUUGGACGACAACCUAUAUAGCCGAAUACUCUGCAUCGGCGGUGGAAUGUUCCGCGAUCUCAUUACGCGAGGUGCAUUGCUUAUAUUCCUGGAACUGAGCCCAGACCUAAGCGAGGACACGUCAAUAUUCGCGAAAAGACGGCGUCACGCACGCCAGGAAUCGCUGUUAAAUGACGCCCGCCGCGUGGUACGGUACUCCAAAGACCGGAUGUCGCAUGGUGACACAAAUGUCAAGACCUAUGUAUGUCUUUGCAUGAUGCUGGCUCAGGCUGAGGCGCGACUUGAGGGUUUACCGCUGAAGGAAGCUGUUGAGAACGCGACGCGGGACAGUUUGAGUAUCUGUCGGGAUAUACUACAGGCGACUGAGUCUGCGUGUGCCACAGAUACAAGACAUCCGGACCUUGAGGCCUGGACUAAUGGGGUGAUCUCGCCUCCACAUCUUGAUACUAACCCUGACGAAGAUCUGGAUAGGCUUUUCAAUUUCGAUUUCACAAGUGAGCAAUUUUCUAUGCAGUGGCCUGUGGAAACAUCAUUCUAA